ACUUUAUUUUGACCAUUAUCCGUUCUUCCUAAGGAGUUCGACUUCAAGCUGUAGUGAUUGAUCCGGUGUAUUAAAAGAGAUGCAGUUAUCGGACCUAUAUGGGAGAACGCAUUUCGGCGUGGAACAGUUUGUUGUUGGACCUUAUGGUUCUGGUCCAACAGAUAUAUAUAAUCCAAGCUAUAAUGGACCAAAGAGACCGAAGGAGGUCGAGAGACAUAUGACCAACCAGGAGAGCUCGUUUUGUUCUUAAGAGGCCUAAGGCCUACAGACAUACAUAAUGGACUUCAAGUAUAUGUAUCUAUACAUACAUACUAGAUAUAGACCCGUGCUAGGUACUUUUUCCUUUUGCCUCCUCUAAGGACUUGCCCCCUAGACCCAAAUCCCGGCGUUGUGGAACUGCGAAUUAUCUUACCCGUCUCAUGUGUUGAAAGAACAGUGUCAUGAGUAUAUAAUGGCUGCUUCUCCUUCCAUAAUUAUGUUAUGGCUGCUCGAGAGGCCCAAAUGGACGAGAGAGACCCCCCUUUCUCGGAUUGUCGGGGCCGUCAUUUCCUUCAAGCACAUCUACUCUCUUCUCAAGCUUGGCGCUCAACGAGUCCUCAUCAGAAAUGUGGAUGAUGCAGCACGGCUGAGAAGAAGGACAUCCCGUGGUGAGAGAUGACGAGAGAGAUUCUGGAGUCCGAUGUUUAUAAGGAGCUCGAAACUGUCCAGAACCCGCCCCUUGUGUAUCCCGAUUGUGCAGCAGAAGCAGAACCUGCAACCUUGUCCAUGGCAAGGCGUUCUGUACCUGAGGCUACUUCAAUGGAUGAAGCGAACCAAAUAUUACGUGGGAAUUGGUUGAAAAGGAUUCAACAACACUCUGAACAACAUUCAGGAGGUCGUGCAAUAAGAGACAUUCUAGACAUCGGAUGCUCCGUCGGGAUAAGCACUAGAUAUCUAGCCGAAACCUUCCCUUUAGCAAAAGUCACAGGGUUAGAUCUGUCCCCUUACUUUCUCUCUGUAGCGCAAUUCAAAGGAAAAGAAGAUCCCCCAAGGGCAAAACCGAUUCGUUGGACGCACGCCAAUGGGGAAGAGACAGGCUUACCUUCUAAUUCUUUCGACCUCGUCUCUAUUUCUCUAGUGCUUCACGAGUUGCCUCGUACAGCAACUGUUAAUAUGAUGAAGGAAUCGUUUCGGCUACUUCGACCUGGUGGCACUCUUGCUAUAAUAGAUCAGGCCCCAAAUUCCAAGGUACUUCAGGUGAGAUUCAGCUCUAUGCUUCCUCUUGCAGGUACUCCUUUAAGUUAAUAUGUGAACGACAUGGUUCUUUGCAUGUGGUGUUUCAUGAGCUGUCGCCUGUACUGUUUACUCUGUUGAAGAGCACGGAACCGUUUCUAGAUGAGUACUAUAUGAUCAAUUUUGAAGAAACAGUUAGAGAAACCGGGUUUGUGAACGUAACAUCAACUCUGUCCGAUGCGAGGCACAGGACCCUGACUGCAACAGUUCCUUUUUAGGUCAUUAACCAUAGAUUCACCCUUUUUUGUCCCCUGGUGGAGAAACUGUAGAAGUCUAAGAGGCAGGCGAUGCUAUCAUUCGAUUGAUUUACUCGAACAAUCUGUCUGUCCAAGACUUGAGAACCAAUCAUGA